GGGACCGGAGCCGCGGCCAGAGCGCAUCGGCUGCGUCGGCGCGCGGACGCGUCAGGUGCGCAACGGGAGAGAGACGCUCCGGGACGCACGGCGGCUGAUUUGGCACAGUGAAGCGGACAGGUGUUGGAUGUUCCUCUGCUCAGAUGAUGAACAAAACUAAAUGAAAGGAUCCAUUAAGAUGUUUCAGCCGCAGGGAAAACGGCCAUGAAGAGCUCGGUGCCACGAGGCUGCGGUGGCGCACGGAGCUCUUGUAGCUGAGUUUGAAUGCCUUUUUGAAGUUUCCCAGAAACGGGGAAAAAAACGCAGAAACCAUGAACUCGUCAGAGUCUGGCUGCCUCUGGGUCGAUCCGUGGAAUCUGAGCAGGUCGGCGGCGGAGGAGGAGGAACUUUUAUUCGGGAUCGGCACGGAUAACUUCAUCACGCUGCUGGUUUUCGGGCUGAUCUUCAUGCUCGGCGUGCUGGGGAACUCCAUGGUGAUCACCGUGCUGGCCAGGAGCAAGCUGGGGAAGCCGCGGAGCACCACCAACAUAUUCAUCCUCAACCUGAGCAUCGCGGACCUCUCCUACCUGCUCUUCUGCAUCCCCUUCCAGUCCACCAUCUACAUGCUGCCGACCUGGGUCCUGGGCGCGUUCAUCUGCAAGUUCAUCCACUACUUCUUCACCGUGUCCAUGCUGGUGAGCAUCUUCACCCUGUCCGCCAUGUCCGUGGACCGGUACAUCGCCAUCGUGCACUCCAGAAAGUCGUCCUCCAUCCGGGUGGCGCGCCACGCGCUGAUCGGGGUUCUGGUGAUUUGGAUACUGUCCCUGGCCAUGGCUGCGCCCAUCAUGUACUACCAGAACAUCUUCCACGGGGGGGAGAACCACACCUUCUGCUGGGAAGUGUGGCCGGAUCAGAACCAGAGGAAGAUCUACGUGGUUUGCACCUUUGUUUUUGGUUACGUGUUGCCUUUGCUGCUGAUUUCCUUCUGUUACGCAAAGGUGUUAAAUCACUUGCACAAAAAGCUAAGAAAUAUGUCCAAAAAGUCUGAGGCAUCAAAGAAAAAGACUGCGCAGACGGUGCUGGUGGUGGUGGUGGUCUUCUGCGUCUCCUGGCUCCCCCACCACGUGGUGCACCUCUGGGUGGAGUUCGGCACCUUCCCGCUGAACCAGGCCUCCUUCGUGCUGCGCAUGGCCGCCCACUGCCUGGCGCACAGCAACUCCUCCAUCAACCCGGUCAUCUACGCCUUCCUGUCGGAGAACUUCAGGAAGGCCUACAAGCAGGUCUUCAAGUGCCAGAUCGGGGACGGCCACCACCCGCUCAACGACAUCAAGGAGAUCCGCAGCAAGGCGGACACGCCGCCGUCCACCAACUGCACCAACGUGUGAGCGAGCGCCGCCGCGGCCGGUCCUGCGAGCGACGACCAGACGGGAGCCUUUGGGAUGCCAGGUUUGCUACAGCUAUCAGUAAUCCACAUCGGCGCUGUUCACCAACCCGAGCUGCGGAGUCCGUCUGGUCUGUCCGCUUCACGCCUCCCUUCUUUUUGAAUGGAAGCUCGUGCGGUCUGGCACUCAGGAAAACGCCCCCGCCUCCAAAGCCAAGCUCCGUCACACAAUCAGCUGCAGCUCAGUUCCCGCUUCGGAUCAGAAUCACCGGCCGCUGGAACGACUCGUGGACCUGUGGCUUUGAUUCUUUGUGCGACCGAAAUGUGUGGGACUACGAUUCCUUCCCUCUGGAGCUGAGAAAUUACACAGUUAAAUUCAAAGUGCUGCAGCAGCUGGUUUGAUGUGUCGAUCGCACACAGAGGACGCGUCGGCGAGGGAGUCGGAGGCCGGCGCCGUUACACAAAGACAAGAAAUUAAGCUUCUAAUUCUGCAAGAUUGUGACAAAUGAAGAUGAUUCACCUGCCACAAGCGAGCCUAAUUCACAUGCGGGGAAGUGUGCUCCGCUCGGCGAGGAGGCGUGUGGAUCGGGCCGCAGGAGGACGGACUCUUACCGAGCGUUACUGGAUAGAGUCAUUUUGUGAAGUGUACUCCAAAAGCAUCGCUAAUGAGCUUUGUGUCCGGGCUAAAUGAACACCAUUUGCAAGUGCUGAACGUGCUUGGCUGAGCAAACCACAUAAAACUGUCAUUUCCUCAUUUAGUGCCAGACAAAGUGUGUUCGACUUAAUAGAUUUCAUGUUUUCUGCAAUUUCCCUUCAGUUUUUAUUAACGUGCUGUAUGAGGAACAUUUCAGCAGCUCAGACUUGCAGAGUCGCUUCCAUCGUGACUCAGACGACUGGUUUUUUUCAUCAACUUCUCUCUUGUCUUUUGUUUUUUCAUUUUAUGCACACCAGAUGACAUAAAGGUCAGUGACAAGUAAGGUUUCCCAAUGUGGCCAGAUACACAUUAAACUAUCAAUAUCUUAAUGGUUUGUUUGUUGUUUUGGUAAUCCCAUUAGGAUUGUGUUCAAAGUUCUUGAUAAACACAAAAAGUUGUGUUUUCAAUGAGUCCAAAUGCUGUUGUCAUUUAAACAGACACUCAAAACUCAAUGAAAGUUUUGUGUUUUCUCUUGAAUGUAAGAUAAGUUGACGACGAAAACAUCAGUUUCUCCAACGGAAGGUUUGGCUGCAGGUUAAACACAACACUGGCUGUGUGUAGGUGAUCAAAGUUCUGUUGGAUUUCUUUUCCAAUUGAGAAACCGGAUUGUCCCGUUUACAUGAACAUUGAUUAAAGUGAUCAGACUAAUGAGCAGGUUUCAAAUUUGGUAAGUGGAUCAACGAACGCCCUCCUCGUUCAGAGUCUGAUCAGACAGAUGUGGCAGGAGUGUCGACCCAGUCCGACGUCCUGUUUACAUGGAGUCUGAUUGGACCGUAUUCGAUCGGAUAACUCCAGUCAAAUCAGACUGAAGCGUUUACAUAAAGUCAUUGGAAUAAAUGACUUAUAACAGAGCUCAGCUCAUGAGAUCUGGAACUCAGCAGCCAAUUACUGCAUAAUUACAUUAGCAUCAGAUUCACAUUGUAAGGACGACUUUGUGAGGGGGGGAAAAAAAAAAAAAGCUGCCCCCCUAAGGCUGCAGCAUCAAACAGCCUGAGAAACAAUAUGCAUCUGUGGGUAAAAGGAAAUAUCGGGUGGUUUAUUAUGUUGGGGGAAAAAAAUGCAAUAAAUGUUUUCAGGAUGCAAUUCUUCUUAUCUGCACUAAAUCAAAAAGAAAAAAAAAACAAAGCUGCUGUUAUUCAUCAAUUUUUAUGCAUCAUUUUACUGCUCAGUGGAGAUCAAACGGGACUGAUAGAAGAUUAAAUCCCGUGGUGUAGAUUGAAUUCCAGAUUAGGUGAAAUAAUCACCCAGUGAUGGAGGCUUUGUGAAAGAUUUACAGUUUGUCCAUCUUGCUUAACCUUAUUUGUCACCGACCCUCAAAAGGAGCCGUGAGCUCUGCACCUGAAUGCCUCUUCUUCUUCUGUUGGUUUGCCUUAGACUCUGCAAAAAGAAAAAAAGGAUAAAAAAAAAGGGGUAAAACACACUUGAAAAUGAGUGUGAACAUUUUCACAAGUGUGGCAUUGUUUUUGCUUUUUACACUUGAUUCUGUUAUUUUGUAAAACAAACAAACAAACAAACAAACAAACUGCAAAGUUUAAAAUCAGGGCUGGUGGAGUUGAUGUGUGUUACCAGAUUUAAUUGUAUUUAGUUUGAUGGGAACAUUUGAAACAGGUGUGUCAAACAUAAGGCAUGUGGGCCAAAAGCAGCUGGCAAGAGGCUCCAAUCUGGCCACGAAGCCACCGAGCAAAUGGUAAAAAUUUCAGAGAAAGCAUGUAUUUUUCUUUUGAGUAGAGGACACAACACAACGCUGAGACCCGAGCUGAGACACCGGUGAUGCUGCCAUGAAAAAGAUCUAUUUCACUGCUCUCAAACAAACCAUGCUAUCAGGGCGAGUUUGUAAAAACAUGCAUAACGCAACAGAUAUUGAUGCUUUUUGACCUUUCAAUGUAUUUUGCACCAGAAGCUUUCAUUAAAAUUGACUUUAUGUUGAGACGGUACCAUUGGCUUUGUGAAAAUAGAGACAUGUAUAGACAUUAUGAAUGCUCUGCGCCUCAACAAAGAACCAUUUGCAGGUUUGCUGAAGGAAGGUAAAACUAAACGGCGUCGAGUUGAACGGUAAUUUCCUCCAGCAUCUCCUAAUGGAAAAACAUUAAAAGCUGUGAAAUGAAAAGUCAUUGGUGUUGCUCAGAGGUACAUACAGUAUAUUAGCCCAGUAAUGUGUGAGUAAAUCUCUCCCUUCUAUUGUUGUCACUGUACAUAGAAGAAAAAAAAACAAUGUUUCCUGCAUUUUAAUGGAUUUGGUUGUAAAUAUAUUGAUGCUCAUUUCCACAUGCGCCUGCCAAGCUGUCUCUUGUCAUUCUUAACCGCUGUGCUCAUGCCAGGACUUUUCGGGGUGUAUCGUUUGGUUUCAUUUCAAUGUAACAGCUAGUCAAGCUCACACAGCGUCCUAGCCCAUAUUUUCCAUUUUUAUGUUGAUUUCGGAGCGUCCACGUGAACAUGUUGCAUCUGCUCUUCACCUUUCAGCUAAAGAGAGCCCAGAUUAGAGUCAGACUGGACGUUUUUGACAUGACUGAUUACCAGCUUCACCCCCACAAGAGAAACUAUUUGGGUUAAUCGGCACCCUGAUUCCCCCCGUCAGCGAGGAUCUCUUCUUUCUUCUCUCUUUUUCCCAGCUGAUGACUUUACACACUGAUGCUGACUGCACACAUGAUCCUUAUUGCUUUUAAAGAACUAUGGGAGACUCUUAUUGGGGACAUCUGCGUGGAGACCAACAGCUGGAGGCGUGAAGUGAAGAAAUACAAGCUGGUGGGACUCAUCUGGACACGUGUGUGUGUGUGUGUGUGUGUGUGUUUUUCCUAUUUUAAAAUAUGAUGCUUUAUUCAAAAUGAGCAAAUGAACAACAUGAUGCAGCCAAGUUCUGUUUUAUGAUAUGGCCUCAAAUUACAGUGCAACUCUUUUACAUAUCAAUGAUUCUACUUCUCUACGAUCAUUUUUAUUGAGCAUAACUCAAAUCAACGUGUCUCUGCCCUCAACAGUCCUGCUGACCUCGCAUGCGGCCUUUUUGUGGAAAUGUGUUAUAAUUACUUCAAAUACCAUCAAUGAAAGUAAACAAUAGAAAUAGAGCAGAAUACAAGACAUGACAAGAGUGUCAAUAGAAAACAGUAUGAAAUUGCGUAUAUUUCAUUAUGAUUACAAAACAAAAGGUUAUAAAUUUGCCUUUAAAUUUGAGACUCCGUUUCCAUGGCAACAUUUCAAAAAUGCAGGAAAGUUUCACGGUUACAUGUUUUUAUGUUUUGAAAGCGACGGUCUGUUUCAACAGCAAUGGCAGGAGAGCAGAAAACGCUGUUAAUGAGCAUGUCGGACCGCUCUGUCAUGUUUGAUUUUCUAACCAUAUCUCAGUAAUAUUAUUCUCCACGCCACUGAUGUGCUGAAAGCCACUUUGCAUCCACUGUAAUUUGCAGGCUGUAUUUUAAAGUGUUCCUC